AUGGCGCUCCAGCGUUACGUCGGCUUGGCGAUUUGUCUCUUGGUCGUCGCCGCAAGCGUCGCGACCACGACGGCGCAAACCCCGAAGGGAGGACCCGCGGCGUGCCCGUUGCCCAAUCCCGACGAUGCUCAGGCUCUCGGGACUCUCACUGUGAUUCUGACAGCGUCGCUGAACGGAUCCUCCAAUGGCUUUGCGGGCGACAUCAACGCCUCCGGUCAAGCCUGCCUCGGCGUCUACACGCUGAACGGAGACUACAACAUCUUCUACAGCAUCGUCGCCUCCACCCCCGAAUCGCCCGAGCCAGCCUUCGCCGGCAUUGCGAAAGACGUGGGGGGGGAGCGCACCGUCGCCGUCUUUUACUCGCCCCCAGGGGUCGACGGCCCGUGGGUGAAUCUCACUCGUUCACCCCCGUCCACGGCAAACCAGGGCAGGAAGGGCCUGGGCGAUGCACCCGCUUUCCCUUCAACAUACACCUAUGCUCUUAGCGGAACGUGGCUUAACGCGAGUACGCUGACCACGAUGCAGGGACUGACUUAUAAGGAGUUGGUAGAUGCGAUUAUUGCGGGGCCCGAUGGGUACUGCACUGGGUUUGGGACUGCGGCCUUCCAGACGGGAGCAGCCAUGGGGUUUUUCCAGGUUCAGCCCGCCAAAGCCUAA